AUGGCGUUGCCCGUUCCUCCCACCUCGGCAGCGGCGGACCCACCGCGGGCGUAUUCCGCUGUUGACGCGCUCACACCUCUCAUCACGUCGACAUACACAUCGCCCGAUAUCACUUGUUACAUCAAUGGCAAGAAAAUUAUCAUCAGUAAUCCGAAUCCGCAUUGGACGCUGCUCGAUUACAUCCGCGCGCAACCGAAUCUUAAGGGAACGAAGUUGGGAUGUGGCGAAGGAGGAUGCGGUGCUUGCACUGUUGUGCUGCAGGUGGCAGACAAGCAGUCUAAGAAGAGGAGGAUAAAGCAUCUCUCCGUGAAUGCCUGUCUGUUUCCACUGGUCGGUGUUGACGGCAAACAUGUCAUCACAGUUGAGGGCAUCGGGAACGUCAACCGACCACAUCCUCUGCAGGAGCGGAUAGCCAAACUCCAUGGGAGUCAAUGUGGCUUCUGUACGCCUGGCAUUGUUAUGUCUUUAUACGCUGUCGUGAGGAAUGCGUAUAAUCCGGAGACACAAAAGUUUCAUCUCAGUGCACGCGAGAUCGAAAUGGAAGGACAUCUGGAUGGCAAUCUCUGUAGAUGCACAGGAUAUAAACCGAUUCUAAACGCCGCAAAGACCUUCGUCACGGAAGACUUGAAGGGCCAGCUUGCAGAAGAGGAUGGCGCGACUACUGUGGAUGCAGAAAGUUUCGAGAAAGAUGUCAUCGAUAUGACUAGGAAUGGUUGCGCAGGUCCUUCAAAGGUAUCUUGCGGACGUCCUGGAGGCUGCUGUCGAGAUACACCAUCGGACAGCAGUUCGAACGAAAGUAAGUCGGAUGCGUCAUCGCCACCAACCGAGCCAAUUUCAAGCUCCGACGACGAACGCAUACCCGCGAUCGUUGUUGCGAAGAAUGAGCCAUCCCAGGAUCCAGCGUUAAGUGGAGCCGAGUAUGCGAAACCACUGAAGAGCAAGGAGAGCAAAAGCGCAGCGGUAGAAUCCAAGACAUCUACAUCAUUACUAGAAGCACCCGCUGAGAGCUCAAUGAAAGGUGUGCCAAAGAUUGAGUUCAAGGAAUACGUGCCAGACACCGAGCUCAUUUUCCCUUCGGCACUUUGGAAGUACGAGUCACGACCACUCUGUUAUGGUAACGACAAGAAGAUUUGGUUCCGCCCUACAAAGCUUGAGCAGCUGGUUGAGUUGAAGGACGCCUACCCGUCAGCGAAGCUCGUUGGUGGUGCUAGUGAAGUACAGGUAGAGGUUCGCUUCAAAAACUCGGACUUUGCAGUCUCCGUCUAUGUAUCGGACAUUCCAGAAUUAAGACAUACCAAACUACCCGCUGACGCCGAGCUGGAAAACGCAAAGGAACUGGUUCUUGCAGCCAAUACACCACUUACAGAGUUGGAGGAAAUCUGUAAGACUGUGUACGCGAAAUUGGGCAAGCGUGCCAUGGUUCUCGAAGCCCUGCGAAAGCAACUGCGAUACUUCGCUGGCCGUCAGAUUCGUAACGUCGCCUCUCUCGCUGGGAACAUCGCCACAGCAUCCCCAAUUUCCGAUGCAAAUCCUGUCCUCCUGGCGGCUGGUGCAACACUCGAAGCCGUCAAUAAAAAUGGUGGCACUGUCGAUCUUCCCAUGUCAAAGUUUUUCGUGGCAUACCGAACAACAUCACUACCACCAGAUGCUGCGCUGUACCGGAUACGGAUACCGCUCGCGCAGAAAGAUUGUCGAGAAGUGCUGAAGGCCUACAAGCAGGCGAAGAGGAAAGAUGACGACAUUGCGAUUGUCACAUCUGCAUUCCGCGUGCGCCUAGAUCAAGAAGGUCUUGUCGAAGAUGUUAGUAUCGUGUACGGUGGCAUGGCUCCGACUACCAAGGAGUCAAUCAAGACACAGAGUGCUCUACUCGGCAAGCGGUGGUUCCACUCUGAGACAUUGGAAGCAGCCUUGUCAGCACUGCUCGAGGACUACGAUCUGCCGUAUGGCGUUCCUGGUGGCAUGGCAGACUACCGCAAGACGCUCACACUCUCGCUCUUCUUCCGCUUCUGGCACGAAUCAGCAGCCGAGCUCUGUCUUGGAAACGUGGAUGAGCAGGUGGUAGAUGAGAUACAUCGAGGCUUGUCAAGCGGCAUGCGCGAUGACUACAACCCAUACGAACAACGCGUUGUUGGCAAGCAAGUCGCGCAUCUGUCUGCUCUCAAGCAAUGUACAGGUGAAGCAGAGUAUGUUGAUGACAUGCCGCGUAUGGAUCGUGAGCUCUUCGGUGGACUUGUCAUGUCUAGCAAAGCUCACGCAAAGAUCAUUAGCGUUGAUUGGGAGCCUGCUUUGGAGAUGCCGGGUGUUGUGGGAUAUAUUGAUAAGAACAGCAUCGGCGCCGACGUCAAUAUAUGGGGCUCAAUUAAGAAGGAUGAACCAUUCUUCGCGGAAGACAAAGUGCUUUGCCACGGUAUGGUCAUUGGCAUGGUUUACGCUGAAACUGCGCUCGAAGCGCAGGCUGCUGCAAAAGCUGUGAAGGUGGAGUACGAAGUCUUGCCACCCAUCCUUACGAUCGACGAGGCCGUUGCUGCGGACAGCUUCUUCCAACAUGGAAAGUUCUUGCGAAAGGGUCUUGCUAUUGAUGAUAAGAUGGAGGAAGCGUUUGCCAAGUGUGACCGAAUAUUUGAGGGUGUUUCCAGAUUAGGUGGACAGGAGCACUUCUAUCUUGAGACGAACGCUGCACUAUCAAUACCUUCUACCGAAGAUGGCGCCAUGGAAGUAUGGUCUUCGACACAGAAUACUAUGGAAACACAAGAAUUCGUAAGUGCGGUCUUAGGUGUGCCCAGCAACCGCAUCAAUGCACGGGUAAAGCGUAUGGGAGGCGGCUUCGGUGGCAAAGAGUCUCGCAGUGUACCUUUCGCAGUUUACACUGCCCUUGCUGCACGAAAAGAGAAGAGACCAGUCCGAUUGAUGCUCAAUCGCGAUGAAGACAUGCUCCUCAGUGGCCAACGGCAUCCAUUCCAGGCACGAUGGAAGGUCGGUGUCACUAAAGAGGGCAAGCUAUUGGCGCUUGAGGCAGAUGUAUACAACAAUGGCGGCUUCUCACAAGAUAUGAGUGGCGCAGUCAUGGAUCGCUGCCUUACCCACCUCGAUAACUCAUAUGAAUGUCCUAACACGUUCCUUAAGGGAUAUGUCUGUAGAACAAAUACUCACAGCAACACCGCAUAUCGUGGCUUCGGAGCACCACAGGGAAUGUACUUCUCCGAAACCAUCAUGUACAACAUUGCAGAAGGACUCGGCAUCGACGUUGAUGAGCUCCGCCAACGCAAUCUCUACAAGCCUGGCGAACACACUCCAUUCUUCCAGAAGAUCGACGAGGACUGGCAUGUACCAAUGCUUCUGCAUCAACUCGCUAAAUCAUCGGAGUACGAGAAGAGAAAAGCCACAAUCAAAGAGUUCAAUGCGAAGAACCGGUGGAAGAAGCGAGGCACUUGUCUCAUCCCAUGCAAAUUCGGUCUAAGCUUUGCGACAGCAUUACAUCUAAACCAAGCUGGAGCUUACGUCAAGAUCUACCACGAUGGUAGCGUGCUACUCCACCACGGAGGCACUGAGAUGGGUCAAGGAUUGUACACUAAAAUGUGUCAAAUCGCCGCACAAGAACUCGGCACACCGCUCGACGCGAUAUACACGCAGGAUAGCCAGACUUAUCAAAUCGCCAACGCGUCGCCUACUGCCGCAUCUUCAGGCUCUGAUCUCAACGGCAUGGCAGUCAAGAAUGCUUGUGACCAGAUCAAUGAACGCCUAGCGCCUUAUCGCGAGAAGCUGGGUAAAGAUGCACCGUUGAAAGCGCUCGCUCACGCCGCUUACCUCGACCGCGUCAACCUCGCCGCCAACGGAUUUUGGAAAAUGCCUAAAGUCGGAUAUACAUGGGGUGACACAAACUGGGAGACCGUGAAGCCAAUGUACUACUACUGGACGCAGGGCGCUGCUACUUCUGAAGUCGAAGUCGACCUUCUCACCGGCGAUCAUACUGUCUUACGCUCUGAUAUCAUGAUGGACGUCGGCAACUCCAUCAACCCCGCCAUCGACUACGGCCAAAUCGAAGGCGCCUUCAUCCAAGGCCAAGGCCUCUUCACCCUCGAAGAAACCCUCUGGACGCGCGACGGCCAGCUCUUCACACGCGGACCCGGAACUUACAAAAUCCCCGGCUUCUCCGACAUCCCGCAGAUCUUCAACGCGACAUUACUUCGACAAGACAACGAUGGCAACCCGCUGAGUUGGAACCAUCUUAGGAGUGUGCAGAGUAGCAAAGGAAUUGGUGAACCACCGCUGUUCUUGGGCUCGACGGUUUUCUUCGCGCUGAGAGAGGCGUUGAGGGCGGCGAGGGAGAUGAAUGGGAAGGGAGGAAAGGGUUUCGUAUUGGAUAGCCCGGCGACGGCGGAGAGAUUAAGACUGGCGGUUGGAGAUGAUUUGGUGGAGAGGGCGAGGACGAAGAGGAAAGAGGGGGAGACAAACUUCUUGGUCGCUGUUGCAUAA